ACCGAGCUGAUUUGAACCGUGCCUGUCUUCCAGCCAGCCAUCACUUUUGGAUACCUUGCCUGGACCUCACCUAUCCUACUCCAUCGCCUGUACCAGUGGCACAUUUCAAGGGUUCUCCCAAUGACCUCCAAGAACAUCAAAGCUCUGUUUUUCCAAGGAUUAAAAGUUUUCUAGUGGAUAUAGGUUUUAGGAGGGGAAAUCCUUGGAUCCUCGUCUUGUGUGAGGAUUUGUUCUGUGCUGUAAAGAAAAUAUAAAGAUGAGCUACAACGAUCGAGCUCCAGAUCCCGACCUGAUGGUCGGUUGUGACCCUAAGUACAGCCUUGAAGAUGAAUUAGAUUUCAACAUCCUGUUUGAAGAAGAAGAAUCGACUCCUCCACAUAAAAUCAUCAGCCAAUCAUCUUCUGGAGUUGCGUAUUCUCAUGACGAUGUCUCCGAUUAUCGGUCCAGAUCUCUGGCUUAUCAUAGGUUAUCCUCAGAUCCCACGAGCAUAUAUGAACAGCACAAUAGUGUAGGGUCCAGGUACCACUUAGACCCUAAAAAUGCUACUGGGGCUCCAGCUCUGAGUCCAAGGAUUGAGAUCACUCCAUCUGAACUGUUUCAUACAGGUUCAUUUCGCAACAGAGAUUCAGAUACUUUGGUAGAACAUCAGCCAAACUUGGCUGCUACCUUGCAAGUCUAUACUUAUGAUGGCUACAGAGAACCGCUUUGCUUGAGCCCUGCUAGUAGUGGGUCAUCAACAAGUUAUAUUUCAGAGACUAAUUUUUCUCCUUACACUUCACCUUGCGUUUCACCAAAUAAUGGUCCUAAUGAUGACCUGUGUCCACAGAUACAAAACUUCCCUCGUUAUUCUCCUAGAGCUUCUCCAAUAAUGUCUCCACGGGCCAGCAUCACAGAGGACACCUGCCCAGGACCACGUUCUCCAUCUCCUCGACCCAACUCCCGGUCUUCAUCCCCAGGCUUCAAAAGAAGGUACCCUUGUCCUGAGCUCAGCAAUAGCCACCAAACCAACAUUUCUCCACGACAGUCAAGAACACCUUCUCCCCAGACAUCGCCCUGUGUUCAUCUGAGGGACGAUAACUCUUCACUGAGUUACAUUAACCCUUCUUCAUCUGCACAUCUUAUGGAAGACCUGAGUCUAUCUACCGAUCCUUCAUGUGGUGUACCAACCAAAAUGUGGAAAAACAGCUCGGAUCGUUCCCCAUUGGCUGCUCAUAAGAGUAUGUCAUGUCAGGUUUAUCAGCCUUCAGAAUAUGGGCCUUACGAUCAUGAAGAGAGGAAGAAUUCGGAUCCGGGAUCAAUCCUGCUUGUGCCACCCACCUGGCCAAAGCAAAUUUUACCAGCAAUGCCGUACUACAGUAUCCCUGUUGCUUCACUACCUCCUCUUGAGUGGCCCCUGACAAGUCAGGCGGGCUCAUAUGAACUCCAGAUUGAAGUGCAGCCUAAACCACACCAUCGUGCCCACUACGAAACUGAGGGAAGCCGCGGAGCAGUAAAAGCCACCACCGGAGGACACCCUGUAAUUCAGCUUCAUGGCUACAUGGAAAACAAGCCUCUGGGACUUCAAAUCUUCAUUGGGACAGCAGAUGAACGGAUCCUCAAGCCACAUGCCUUCUACCAGGUCCACCGUAUCACAGGAAAAACUGUUACUACCACCAGCUAUGAAAAGAUUGUCGGCAACACCAAAGUCCUGGAGAUUCCGCUGGAGCCAAAGAACAAUAUGAGAGCAACAAUUGAUUGUGCUGGGAUACUGAAGCUAAAAAAUGCUGACAUUGAGCUGAGAAAAGGGGAGACUGAUAUUGGGAGGAAGAACACUCGAGUGCGACUUGUCUUCCGAAUACACAUUCCGGAAGCCAGUGGAAGAAUUGUCUCUCUGCAGGUAGCAUCCAACCCUAUAGAAUGCUCUCAGCGAUCAGCUCAUGAACUCCCUCUAGUGGAAAGGCAAAAUAUCGACAGUUGUCUCGUCUAUGGAGGGCAGCAGAUGCUUUUAAAUGGACAGAAUUUUACAGCUGAAUCCAAAGUUGUGUUCACAGAAAAGACGCCUGAUGGCCAGCAGAUUUGGGAGACAGAAGCCACAGUGGAUAAAGACAAAAGUCAACCUAACAUGCUGUUUGUUGAGGUGCCAGAAUAUCGAAAUAGGCAUAUCACGUCUCCAGUGAAAGUGAAUUUCUAUGUUAUAAAUGGGAAAAGAAAAAGAAGCCAGGCCCAACACUUCACCUUCCUGCCAGUGCCAUCUAUUAAAACAGAGCCUCUUGAAAAUGAAUAUACUUCCCUAGUCAGAAGUAACGCGCAUACUGGGUUAGGAACAGCAGCACAACCUUUCUACCCCCAGCAUCCACUGAGCAGUGAAUCCCCUUCAUGCCUAGUGGCCAACUUGGUCUCCUGUCAACAAGCAAGAGUUGGCCUUCCAUCACCAGAUUCACGAUAUACACAGCAGAGCCCAUCAGCAGCUGUGUACCAAAGAAGCAAAAGCCUUAGUCCCAGUCAGCUAAGCUAUCACCAGCCCUCUCUGGUGACUUCUCAGAUCACAAUUCCUGAUCCUCAUAGAUCAGUCCUUGUCCACACUAGCUCUCCGAUCCAGUCUGCAGCAAACCCUCAGCCAUCUCCAGUAAUCCACUUUUCUCCCACCAAUCAUCAGAUGAGAUGUGGAAGCCACCAAGAGUUCCAGCACAUCAUGUGCUCCGACUUUGCUCCCAGUCUUACACGUCCAACCCAGGCGCAAAGAGUAAGUCCCACCAACUAUCCCACUGUAAUCCAGCAGCAGUCCAAUAGCCAGAGGUCUCCUAAGAAUUGUCCUCCAGCCACAGAACAGAAGGAAAUCUUACCUUCAGGAGUCACGGUUAAGCAAGAGCAGAACCUGGAUCAGGCCUAUUUGGAUGAUGAACUGAUAGAUACAAACCUUAGCUGGAUACAAAACAUUAUAUGAGGCCGGGUCAGUGGUCUCUGAGGCAAGAAUUGAAAGUAAAAAGUGAAUGAAAUUAUCAGGAAGGAGUUUUCGGUGCUGCCUGCAAGAAAUCAAACAUAGAAGAGCGACGCUGCCAGGACCUCUCAUACUGAACGCUUCGUUCCCUAACCUCCAUGAUCCUCCUGCCUCAUACACCCCACCUUCUGUUUCCUCUUCAUCCACGACAAGCUGCCGAUUCCAGCACCACAAACAAUAUCCUGGCACCGUGCUCUACCGGGCUCCUGUAAACAUCAAAGCCACAAAUUGUCCUGUCAUAAGAAGUGUAUCCCAGGACCAAUGAUGUGGGAAAUCUAUAAGAUGGUGAGAUGUGAAGGAUGAUUUGUAAGAUCUGAGAAGAACAAUGGCUCAAAGUGACAACUGGUAGGAAAUAAAAUGAGUCGCAAGACGGAUGGCGCUUAUUGAGAGUCUGUGACGGUGGCAUUGAGAGAACGGUGCUCAGGAUGUUCCAAAAGUACACAGAUAAGAGAGCGCACAUACUGAAAAGAGGCCAACGUGUGGCCCUCCAGCUGUAGUACACUACUAGUUCCAAUGUACUUUACUGCCAGAGAGUCACAAUGUGUGCUGUACAAUCUGCUUGUGUUAUAUUACUUCAGAGUUCCCUAAACUAUGAGUCUUCAGAUGUUACAAAAUUACAAAUCUCAUCAUGGUCUGACAGCCUGGGUCUUUCAGGGAAUGAUGGGAGUUGUACUUUGGCAACAGCUGGUGAGACAUAGGUUUGGAAACACUGUAUUACUCUCUGUUAUAGUUAUUGGAGGGACAUUGUAGAUAUGCGCUGCCUUAUACAACCUGUCUCUCGUCUAUUCUGUAAUACAGUCGCUUUUGUGCCUCUUCCCCUCAGUCUUAUCAUAAUCCAUACAAUGCAUAAGUAGAACAUCAGAUUAUUAUAUUUUAGCUAAAAUAUAUACAUACAUUUCUAUUGUCUUUUGUAUAGAUGAUUUGUGCCAUUUAAAGCAGGGAUUCUAAAACUGCUCGAGCCGGCCGCUGCUUCAGAAUUAUGCCCCAUUGUUGCCACUUAUAUGUACAGCCCCCCGCUUACUCUCCUCUGACACCCUUAAUCCGGCACCAAACAAUCCCUGCUCUAAAUUGUAAGUAGAGAUCUCCCGACAGCAUCUGUAAAUAGUGAAUGCAGAAUCUGUUAUUUAUUGUGUCUAAUCAAAUGUUUAGAUCGAGGAAUUAACUAAUGUGCUUGUUUUAUAGAUUAUAUAUAAGAGCCGCCUUUGUAUAUUUCUGUGGUAUAUAAUGCUUUAAAAAAGAAAACUUUAUCCGAGGUGUCCCAAGGACCAUAAGUCAGGAGAGCGGUGCCCAUCACUUUACAUCCCCAUAGCUGAGAACACCUUCAUGUUGUGGUUAUUUACCACAGCGACCCAAUGUUACAUAGUAUCCAGUAGGAUUAUUGUUCACACAGUGCAAUGUUAGGGCACACUGUGGGUUAAAGCUGCACAUUUGUAGUUGUUUUCCACCAUUCAUUUUCUAUUUGCAAGCAUUUUGAAGCCUAUUAAUAGCCUGUUUUAUAGUCUAUUUGCCACAUAUUUUACAUGUAUUAGGAGCAUUUUGGGCCCCCCACUGACUUCAAUGAAAGCUUUGGACUUGUAGACUUUUUAUAUAAACAUGCUUUUUAAAAAUAAUCACCAUAUGAACAAUAGCUCAUAUUUCCCAUUGAAAUCAGUGAGGUGGUGCAUAAAGCUCUUUGUGAAGUUUUUAUAAAGUAUGUGCCUGGAGAUCUCCUGGCAUAUGCAUUAAACUGAUCAAUAGACCCCCUUCACCUGACAUAGUGUUGUCUUCUGUUUGGGUGGUGUCUAGCAGAUUUUCUUUUUAUGAGAAUUGUGCAGAUCUCUGUGCUAUUCCAAAGACGUGGAUCCAGUAAAUAACAUAUCUUGCAUAGUAUACUUUUUUAUACACUUUACAGAUUUUAAGGGCUCGUUCACUCCCCAAUUUGUGCCUCCGAGGUACGGAUAUAUUAGCAAUAAAAAGAAAAAAGUACAACUCAGCUCACCACCUUCAAAGGUAAUUCUUGUAUGUCGGACAGGUACAGAUCAUGUAGAGGGGAGCAUGGAAUAUAAAGCGGGCCAUAUCCUGUGAGCACAAAUUGAAGAAAAUUCAGGUGUUCUCCCAAGAACAGAUGAAAAAUGAAAUGCUGACGCGUUUCAAGCUAAAAACCUAGCUCUUAAUCAUGGCCAUUAAGAGCUAGAUUUUUAGCUUGAAACAUGUCAUCGAUUACUUUUUUCUUUUGUUUAACAUUAUUUUAAUUUGUCCUUUUAAAUCAAUACCUAUUAAAAGUAAGUUUUAUCUUAUCAUCUGAUCUUGGGAGAGCUGGAAUUCACCGGAAUUUUCUUUAAGUUUACGGAUACAUUAGUAAAGUGUCAAAAUGACAUGCAGACUUAUCCAUGUUUGGAUAGGCCUGGUCCCCAUUCAUAAUGUCUUGAAGUGAAAAGUACUGCAACCAUGUUUUCUCAGUCUGAGCCAAAACUUUGAUAUGUUCAGAAAAUAACCCAAAUGUAUUCACUAGCUGACUACACUCAAGCCAUUGAAAUCAAUGAGUCCCAUGUCUGUCCAAACAUGGAUACACUGGCAUGUUAUUUUGUCAGUUCCCCGAUAUCGGUGCUUCAGAGGCACAAAUCGUGGUGUGAACCCUGCCUAAGUGACAUCACCCUGCCUAAGUGACAUCAGUUGAAGGAAUACAUCUGAGGUAAAUGUUGCGGAGUCCUUUAAUGUACUCCUCUAGUCAGUCAGUAGGUAAACUGGAAUUGUUGUCUAUGCACACAGGAGCACUGCACAUGAAGUAUCUAUGGCCCUGCAUUAUCGUGCCGCAGGCGCUCUAUGUCACAAUAGUCUCUCCUCUGGGGCAGACUUGACCUUCUGACACAUUUGGGCGCAGCUAUACAGCAGAUGGUGUUUUCUCCAUUCAUUUGUGUUGUUAAAAAUCUCAUUCAGAACCAUAUAAGUGGUCGCUGGGGUAAAAUAUACUGCAUGUGAAUGAGUCCUUAUGACUUUAUCCCAAGUAGUCAUCCCAUGGGCAGGAGAAGGAAAGGGCUUCCAAAACUGCAAUGUGACAAUCUUAGCUUCACUUCAAGAAGUCAGUAUUUGCCUUCUCCGAAUAGAUAUGCGGUAGCAAUAUAAGCCAUAGCCUAUGGAGCAUGUAAUAAGCAAUCAAAGCAAAUCCAAAGAGAAGACUACUGCUGAGGUUCCAGCAUUUGUUGUUACUGCUCUGGGAGCCUCUGUCACCUGCACUUAUUCAGUAACAUAGUGACUGUGGUUCCCGGAGUAAAUGUUCUGGUUGUUAUUUAAUUUACCAAACUGCCUUAUAUGCCUAAAAACCUUAUAUGUCUAAAAAUUGCUAAAAACCGGUCCCUAUGGGCAGCACCACUGAUUCCUCAGUCCAUGCCAGUGUUUCCCAACCAGGGUGCCUCCAGGUGUUGCAAA